UACGUGGAACGUGACGCCGCUUGUGAUUGGCUGCUCGGCUGGCGUGCCUGGGAACCUGCCACUGGUUCCCCAUCCGCGCGCUCGCGCAGCCACUACGAGCAGACGAGACGGUCCCUGCGCACACGCAGCAGCGGGGAAAGCAAACUCUCCUGGCGACGCGUAGCGACCAGCAGCUGUUGUGGAAGUGCGGUCCGACGCGAUGCCAAACGCGCAAUGCUGCCGCCCAGUCUGAGCAAAGUGCAAGUAAUAAGGAAGCGGCAGGCUGAGGAAGAGGAAAGAGAACUGUGACAGGAGCUGGGGACGUUCAGACGGAGGAUUUGUGAGCUAGUUAACGCACGUGGGAAGCGUCGCUCCAACACAACGUGAACGGUGGAUCUCGUUCUCUCCACUUUAAAACUCCACAAUUGUCAACUGUUGCCUCCUGCCCGUCGAGAGAUGAGUACCAAGUCGGCGAUUAACAAGGAGGUUUUCGUACCUCAUGAUGAGAAGAUGCUUGCAGCUGUGCAGGUGAAACGGAGGACAAAAAAGAAAAUCCCCUUCCUGGCCACUGGUGGUCAGGGGGACUACUACACUUUCAUCUGUGUUUCAGUGACCAACAAGAAACCGUUGCAUGUCUCCAUUACUAAAGUAAAACAGUUCCAAGGAUCUUCAGCUUUUGUAAAAAGGUCACAGUGGACCAUUGACCAGCUUCGCCAGGUGAACGGCAUUGACCCCAGCAAAGACUGCCCAGAGUUUGACCUGACAUUCGAUAAUGCUUUUGACCAGUGGGUUGCUAGUUCAGCAGGAGAAAAGUGCACCUUCAUCCAGAUUCUUCACCACACCUGCCAGCGCUACAGCUCUGUGCGGAAACCGGAGUUUGUCAACUGUCAGUCCAAGCUGCUGGGGGGUAACAGUAUACUCCACUCGGCUGCAGACAGUGUGACGAGUGCUGUACAGAAGGCCAGCCAGGCUCUAAAUGAGCGUGGCGAGCGAUUAGGUCGGGCCGAGGAGAGGACCGCAGACAUGAUGAACAGUGCCGAACAGUUCGCUGUCACCGCACACAAGGACGUGCCCUUAAUCUUUCCAAAUAGCCACCUGGCUUGAUUUGUGACCUUGAGGAAACGUCCGGUGCUGGAAGGGGGAGUGGGAUAUUUCUCCUCGUCCUCCUCUCUCACGCGCCACGUAUGCACAAGUACCUGCGCGCAUGACUCACAUACAGCGCCCUCGACCACAUGACAACUAGUGCAUGUCGCAUGGAUGUCCUUGGGCUGUAAAUGCACACAAACACACCAUGUCAGGAGUGAAGGUCCUGGUAUGUCACCAAAUAAAGAUUGAAGGUGUUGAGGAGUAAUUCUGUCAUCAAAGCGGCAUCUGACAAACAGGCAGCGACAGUCGGACUGCUGCAUGCAGCUAGAGCCAAAGAGAUGUUGCAAUAAAUACUUCUUGCAUUUUAUUGGUAUCCACAACACUCUGUGAAUACAGAUCAGUUUAAAUUGAUCCAGGUAUUAAUUUCUGUAUACUGUCGACUUUUAUUCCCAAAAGGAAUACAUGCAUUUAUCUGUGUGUGAUCCUGUAGCUUACAUGAUUGCUUGGAUGCAGACACAUUGUUCAUGUGUGCUCUUUGUUCUGCAUAAGGUAUGCGUGUGCAUUUGUAUUCAUGUAAAGGUCUUGUCAACCUUUUGGAAUAUGUUUGUAAAUCUGCAUUUCGGAGGUGUCGGCAUUGUUUUGCAUAUUUGCUUUGCGAUAGUCCUUUGCACGGUUUGAGGGGAAGAGUUUGUGCGUGGGCGAGUCCAUAUUUAAGCAGAUUUUUAGAAAAUCUUUAAAGAUGCAAACGGUUCUUUCUGCAAAGAUUUUUAAAGAGAGAAUGAGGCAAAUUCUAACUAUUAUUUGAACCUUUAAUUUUAAAGAUGAAUAUUGUAAAUUAUUAUUUUUAUUAAAAUAGGUACUGAAUGUUUAUUAAUAUUCAUCUAUGGUAAUAAUGAGUCAAAGGCUGGAGUCAUUGCAAUUAGCACACUGUAAGUUGAACUGAAUAGGAACGAAGUGUUGGUUCUCCUGAUAUUUUUUCCUUCUUACAUCAUGUGUCUUUGGUCUAGUGGUUUUGAGUUUCCUUAGACACAGAAAGGAAGAAAGGUGGCGAUGGCAGGCGUGGCUCAAAGUUGCUUCAGCCAUGCUUUAGUAGAACAUUUGCUCCAUAUUGAAGUCAUCCCUGGCAUGGCAGAAGCUUUUUUUAGCUGGGCAGCCCUGAACCUAGGCCAAGUCAUUUUUAGUAGGAUGUUGGGCCCUUUAUCUUUUGGAGGUGUUGAUUAGAUGUUUUAUUAAUAACCUCUGAAAAGGCCCAGUGACCCUCACGUCUCAGAUUCACACAUUACAAACAAGCAUCAAACUGGCUGUAACGAACUUCAAAAAAUGAAGGGACCCAUAGUUGUACAGCCUGAUUGUACCAAAUAUAUUGAGCAGGGCAAUGUGUAACGUCAGCCUGUAUCGAAACUCUCAACAUAUGUUUCUCUUGCUGCUGCCCGUCUUAGAUGUUUUGUCCUAAUAAUUCUCAUUACCUUCCGUCACUGGAAGAAACUGACUUGCUACUGUGGCCCCAAGUCGUGACAGCAGAUGUACAUGUACUGUAUACCAGAGAACGGCUCAGGGUGAUUCAUGAGCUGUUUCUCUGACUUCUAGACAUUUCCAUCUGAUAGUCACACCAUACUGUUGACCAUAUCUUUUAUUUUCUCCCUCUCUCCUUUGCGGCAGCGAACAGAAAAUGGGAGCUGCUAAUGACUAUCACACUUUCAAUCUCCAAUUAGCUAAAGAGGGAAGCUGGUUAAUUGCUUCUUAUAAUGUUCAUCAGGCUGGUGCUAAGGCUCUGAGAUACAUUUUGCUUCACUGGGACGGUGAUUUGCUCGACUAGGGUUCCUACUUCCCCUGUACAGUUGCCAAAACUGGAUUGUUGGGACCUAAUUAAUUUUAUAUUUAUCAUUUGCCCCCAUUCACUAGCGUUCUUGUUUCUGUCUGUUUAGUGCAACAAACACCAAAUAGAGACUUUGCAAGAACCCGUCUGCAUGUUGUCCAUUUUCAU